UACAGCGGGGUCCAUGUACUCUGCUGCUUCCCAUACUCAGCCCACUCUGACUGGAACACUAGUGCUGUCCACAGACCUUCUGCAUAAACUGUGGCCACCCCAGAGUCUACUGCCUGCCACCUGGACCUGGGAAAAAAAUUCAUGUUCAUGCUCCAGAGGUUUGCAUCUUCUACAAGGACAACCGUUCAAUCUAACCUGAUGUCUCAACUCAACCAUCAGUCUGGCCAGUGGAAAGGUAGUUUGGUUUGAUCACUUUGUUCAUAGUUUUCUGAUACGGAAGAAAGUAUACAAUUUCAAGGGCAUGGAGAAAACAUACUCCCUAACUGCUCAUUAUGAUGAGUUCCAGGAGGUCAAGUAUGUGAGCAAGUACAAUAGCUGCAGCACCCUUUCCAACGGUUUCAACCUCCAAGUCAGCUCCAAAAAGCAGACAAAGAAAGGAGUCCCACGAUGGAGUAGAAGGGAGACAUGUUUGUUGUCAGGAUUAGUUUUUGCCGUGGGUCUUUGUGUCAUCCUGGGGUGCAUGCUAGUGCUGAAGUACCUAUCUAUGGAGCAGGAUGGCCAGUGUCUUGAAGGAUGCCAGGAGAGGAAAGCCUUCACAAGAGCUUCAAAAUUUAUUACUAACAACAUAGACCCCACAAUAUCACCUUGUACCGAUUUUUACUCUUUUGCCUGUGGAGGCUGGCUUAGGAGACAUGGGAUUCCAGAAGACAAGCUUAUCUAUGGAACCAUUGCAGCUAUUGGAGAGCAAAAUGAAGAGAAGUUAGAACACUUGCUUCUGCAGCCAGUGAAAAGGAAACACAAAGGCUCAGCUGAGAAGAAAGUAAAAGAAUUUUUCAAAUCCUGUCUUAAUAUGAGGGAUAUUGACCGACUAGGAGCCAGGCCAAUGCUACAGGUGAUUGAGGACUGUGGGGGCUGGGAUCUGCCAGAGGACCCAAAAACCCAGUGGGAUUUUAAUGAACUUUUGUACAAGACCCAGGGGGUGUAUAGUACUGCAGUCUUCUUCUCAAUGACUGUCAGCCUGGAUGACAAAAAUUCCUCCAGAUACAUCAUUAGGAUUGAUCAGGAUGGCUUAACAUUACCUGAGAGAACUCUGUAUCUAGGACAAGACGAGGAGAGCAUUAAGAUCCUGGAAGCCUACAAGGUCUUUAUGCAAACAAUCCUCUCCCUCCUUGGUGUGGAAAAUGUGGAGAAAAAGGCAGAGGAGAUCCUUCAUUUGGAGCAGCAUCUUUCCAAUAUCACUAUUUCUGAAUUUGAUGACAUGAGACGGGACAUCAGCACCAUGUAUAACAAGGUCACUCUGGCACAGCUGCAGCAGAUCACGCCACAUUUGAGCUGGAAAAACCUUUUGGACAGAAUAUUUCACACAAACUUUCCAGAGGAUGAGGAGGUGGUUGUGUUGGCCUCUGAUUAUAUGCAAAAGGUGUCAGAAAUGAUACGAGCCACCCCAGCAAGUGUUCUCCAUAAUUACAUGCUUUGGCGCAUUGUGGUGGUGUUGAGUGAGCACCUCUCCACUCCCUUCCGAGAUGCCAUUCAUGAACUCUCCAAGGAGAUGGAAGGUUCGGAGAAACAGGCAGAACUGACAAAGGUGUGCCUAACUCAAGCCAACAAGCACUUUGGCAUGGCUCUGGGUGCCCUCUUUGUAGAAGAGUAUUUCUCAUCCUCUAGCAAAGCCAAGGUGCAGCAGUUGGUUGAAAACAUCAAGCAUAUCCUGGAUAAUAGGCUAGAGGAGUUAGACUGGAUGGACACAGAGACUAAAGAAGCAGCACGAGAAAAGCUGAAGCACAUGAUGGUGAUGAUCGGAUACCCUGAUAUUCUCUUACAACCGGAGUCAAUGGAUAAAGAAUAUGAAUUUGAGGUUAAUGAGAAGACCUAUUUCAAGAAUAUUCUAAGCAGCAUAAGAUACAGCAUCAAAAUGGCUGUAAAGAAGAUUCGCCAAGAGGUGGAUAAAUCAGCUUGGCUGCUUCCGCCACAAGCCCUGAAUGCUUACUACCUUCCUAACAAGAACCAGAUGGUGUUCCCAGCCGGCAUUUUACAGCCUACACUCUACGAUCCUGAUUUCCCACAGUCUUUAAACUAUGGAGGCAUUGGGACAAUUAUUGGACAUGAGCUGACACAUGGGUAUGAUGAUUGGGGAGGUCAGUACGACGCCAGUGGAAACCCCAUUCAGUGGUGGACUGAGGAUUCCUAUAGCAAGUUUCUGAAGAAAGCAGAAUGUAUUGUGGAUCUGUACGAGAACUUCACCGUUUACAACCAGAGGGUAAAUGGAAGAACAACUUUGGGAGAAAACAUUGCAGACCUUGGUGGUCUUAAACUGGCAUACAAUGCUUAUCAGAAAUGGGUGAGGGAUAAUGGUCCUGAGCGGCCACUCCCCCGCCUGAAAUACACCCACGAUCAACUAUUUUUCAUUGCAUUUGCACAGAACUGGUGUAUAAAGCGCCGAUCCCAGUCUAUAUACCUGCAGGUCCUGACAGAUAAACACGCUCCUGAACAUUACAGGGUUAUGGGCAGUGUGUCACAGUUUGAAGAGUUUGGGAGAGUAUUUCACUGCCCUAGAAAUUCUCCUAUGAACCCAGUACACAAGUGUUCUGUGUGGUGAUAUUCAGUUGUAUUUGCGAGGAAACAGCUUUUCCUGCCAUUGGCAGCACCUCUCCCCACACAGCACUGUCUAUGUUUGUGGAUUCCUAAGACAAAGAAUGCUUGAGUGUGCCAUUCUCACCCUCUGUCAACUGGUUACUGGGCCCGUGACAUCCACAGAGGCAUUACAUUAUCAGAGGAAAUGGAAUUGUGCCCUUCAGUUGCCAGAAGUCGGGUGGCUGAGCAUUUCUGAUCUCCAGCAGUAGCAGGUGUGGGACUUUCAGUGAACAGUGAAUAUGAUAUUGCACUUCUGGAAACACAUGGCUGAUAAGUUCAUCAGUGGACAUCAUUGGACUGCACUGAUCAUCAGAGACAGGUUAAUGCAGCUGAUAUACUGCUAUAUGCAUGAUAUCCUCCAAGUACAGGACCUACUGAAGGAUUCUUCAUACCCUCAAAGGCUGGUUGUCUGGCCAUUUCAGGUCCACAAAGAACCAGGCAUGGAGUGCCUCAAUUCCAGAGUAGCAGUAGUGCCCUUCAGCAUCUCAAAGGACAUGGCUGGACACGCUAAGCUUUCUUAAACUAUGCCAUUAGAAGAUAGGGAAAAGAACUGUUUGCACCCAUAGUCAAUGUUCUUACUCACAAAAACUACAAAGGUCAAUAGCUACAGAAAAUUGAAAUAUUGAAUUCAAACAUUUUGCCACAUAAACUUGUAGUUCUAAGAAUUUGGUAAAGAAGGCAGUUGAACCAGGUAACCAGUUGCAUAGCAUAAGAAAGCCAGCGUAAGGAGCAGGGUAGUGGAGCCCUCAUACACUCUGCUUCAAACAGGUUACACAUUUUGUAAGAUAUCUGUGUUGCACAGCAGUGUAUUAAAUCUAUAUUGUACAGCAGAAAAUAAACUCAUUUUUGACAGAUAAGCAGUUGAAAGGAAAAGUGUACAGUUUUAUCUAGACCCCAAGGAGUAAUAAUCACAAGCUUUGUGUGCCCAGCCUCAGCAUUUCACUCUUGACCAGUUUUUUCCUUUCACUACUCUUAUUGCACUACAGCACCCAACUAACCAAACAGCAGGACCCUCACUUCUAUAUAGAAUAUCAUUACUUUCACUUCUCUGUGGUACAAUCAUUCCUUGCGGUGCUUCAGGGAGAAUGAAAGCCUCAGGAGCCUCUGCCCCCCAUCUCAAAACAUAGCACAGUAGACCCCCAAUGUUGCCCCAUUUGCUGUACCUGUUAAUAAAAAGCAGAGCAGCACAUAAGGGUUGGUACUGCCUACAAGCUUGCUUGAAAUAACCUGUACUUACUGUUCCUACACUAGUAAACACAUGGGUGCCAGGAAAUCCUUAAAUGUUUAUUUCUUAUUUUUAUCUAAGGGUAAACUAACAUACCAGCAAUAAUACUUUAAAAACGAUUUACACUUGUCAUUCAACAUCAAUAUACUCUACACAAACCAGACAAUUAAACAGUCAGACAGUUUCCCAAACAAAAGCAUUAGGCAUUUCCAGUCACUGCUGUGCCCUUCCCAGUUUUAUCAUCAUGCCUCUCUGUGAGUCCAGCAGAAAUAAGUUAUCUGCCACAUACCAUUUACUUGUAUGUCUGGUGCAUUCAAUUCCCUGACUGCCUCCAAUUAGCAUCCAAGCUGUAGGGAAGAAGCACACAAGCUUACACUGGCUUAUGCCAUUAUCAUGUUUAUUGCAGACAUUGUAGCACAAGCUUUCGGGAGCCAACCCCAUGCUCAGGUGCAAUACUCUCUGUGAGUCCAAUCAACACUCUCCACUACAUGGCUUAACCCAGGCACCAGACUUACCAGGUCACUGGGUCACUUUUGGCCGGUCUCUUUCCAAACUCCCUCAGGACAUAUCUAUGCUCUGUUUGCUCCAACCCUGACUGGAGGGUAAACUGCUGGGACACUACACCCUCUUGCUCCUAGAUGGGGUAUAAGCUGCCCAUUCUUGCUGUCCUGUUCUUGCCUCACACUACUAUAGUAUGCUAUUUCAAAAAUGAGGCCUAUGCUAGCUAUGGUUCCUCUACCUUUCUGCUCUUGGAGCUGGUUCUGCUCAUCAGAUGACCUCUCUUAUGAAUAUACAAACACUAAAUUGCUUGGCUGUCCUUUUUUAUAUAUACUAUAUGCCCCUAUCUAGUGGCCAUAGAUAGAAAUGACCCCAAAUUAAAGCUAAUAGAAACCUUUCACACCAUUACAUGCUGUCCUUUUCACAGUGAUCCUAAAUUCAACUGCUCAUUCUCCUGGUCAGUGAUCAUAGUGAAAAAGACAUAAAGCAGCACAAGAUGAUUCUUUCAACCUCGUUCUAUUCUGCUUUUAUAAAAAGGUAUGGAAAAUAGUGCAGCACUCGUAAUACACUGUGGUGGGGGAGGUGGGUCUCUGGAAGGGGCCGAGGGUUUUUUAAAAGCUUUUGAUUUCCUUUAACUGCUCUCAGUCUUCAAUAUUUUGUUAGUACACAGUACAUACUGCAACUCUAAACACAACUUAGUAUACAGGUAUGGCACCUGUUAUCCAGAAUUCUCAGGACCUGGGGUUUUCCAGAUAACAGAUCUUUCUGUAAUUUGGAUCUUCAUACCUUAGGUCUACUAGAAAAUCAUGUAAACAUUAAAUAAACAGAAUAAGCUGGCUUUGCUUCCAAUAAAGAUUAAUUAUAUCUUAGUUUGAAUCAAGUACAAGGUACUGUUUUAUUAUUACAGAAAAAAGGAAAUCAUUUUAAAAAAUCUGGAUUAUUUGGAUAACUGGAGUCUAUGGGAGAGGGCCUUCAGAGCUUUCUAGAUAAUGGGUUUCUGGAUAACAGAUCCUAUACAUGUACCUACAGAGUUAGCAAUUCAGUGGAGAUACAUUGGAUGCCAGUACUACUUGAACGCCUUUGGCACUCACCAAUAGGAUGCUAAUGGUAUUAUACACACUAUUUUGGAUUCGGCCGAACCCCCGAAUCCUUCGCAAAAGAUUCGGCCGAAUACCAAGCCAAAUCCUAAUUUGCAUAUGCAAAUUAGGGGUGGGAAGAGUAAAACAUUUUUACUUCCUUUUUUUUUGUGUGUGUUUUGUGAUUUCCGAAUCCGAAUCCUGCUGGAAAAGGCCGAAUUGUUGCCGAAUCCCGAACCGAGUCCUGGAUUCGGUGCAUCCCUAAUAUAUACCUAAAUAUUCCACAACAAUAUUAACCCUUCAUGUGUUUCCUCAGGCUUUCUAGCCUGCUCUAGAACUGCAUAAUCAGGACUCUUAAUUUGAUGAACACGUGUUCCCAUUCUUAGCUUUCAAUCUAUCUUUAAUAUUAUAUACUGUCAGCAGGCCUUUGUAUGGGAACAUGAUUAUGCCGUAACAUACAAUAUAACACAGUGUUAAACAGUUCUUAUAUUAACAGCCUGGAAGGUCCCAGAGGGCCAUAUAUUUCAUACACAAAACAUCUUCCUCCCUUCUCAUGUUGGACUGUUAAAUGGAUUUACAAUCUCACCUCCAUAAUUUGAAUUGACUGAAAAACUGUUGCAUUACUUACUGUACUGAAAAUGUGGCCUUCCUAAAAAUAUCUGUAAUAUGGUGAUGUGACACAAGAUGGGGCUGUGUCCUGAAAGCACCACUAGCACUAGUCCAAGUAAUUUCCAGCAAUGGUUUCACAGCCGCUGCUCAUACAGAAUGUACCAAGUACUGUACUAGAGGAUAUAUACAGUAGCUCUUUAUUUAAACUGGCACUUUUGGUUGUCUCAGUGAGAAUCAGAUGGUGUGGCACUGACUUGGAAAUACAUAUCUAUAACUACUGAGCGUUACAUUAAGGGUGCGAGUACCAAUGCCUGUGGAUGGCACCAGUUUGCUUCAAACAACAGUGUGUAUGUACUAGCACAGGAGCACACACAAUAGUACAUAACUGUAAAUAUUAGGAACUCAGUGCCCAUACCCCAGUAGUAGAGAAUACUCUAACUAUUGCUCUGUAAAACCAACAAACAUAAGGAGGAGACUGCUUUGCCAGAAGGUGGGAAUUGAUGUGUAACUGGGUUGUCACUAGAGUCCAAAGUGCAUGACAAUAAAAUAUUUAAAAAAAUUCAAUACUGAAUGUUUCAGACCGAGAGGUAAAGUAUCUUGUUUUACUUUAGAUGUCUCUCUCAUUCAAAAAAUAAGAAUAAAGUUAUAUUUUUAUGCA